AUGGAAGACUACCAGGAUAUGCUCUAUGAGCUCUUACCUUUCCCUGAAACCGGGGAUCUGGAGACUGAAACUCAGGCUGGACCUUCUCAUGGCUAUCGGACAACAGUGGAGGAUGCUGAGGAAGAUGACGAGCUGAGGAAUGAGGUUGAUGAAAGAGUUAAGGAAGAGAAUACAACUGCCGGAGCGUCUAUCAGAUUGGUGGAAACACUUCAUGAGUGCUGGAGGAGGAACUUUGGACCAGAGAAAGAUAGGAAUGGAGACAUCAACAUGUUGGACAUCUCUUCUGAACUUGAAGCUGAAGAUGGUAAAUUCGCUCCAUUCAAUUCAGAGUUGGACUGGAGAAUAGCAAGAUGGGUGAUUCAAGAUGGAAUUGGGCAUAAAUCUUUUGAUAGGCUCAUGGUCAUACCAGGGGUUGUCGAUAAGCUUGGGCUCUCUUUCCAUAAUAUCAGGGAACUUCACCAGGUAGUAGAUGGUGUUCCUCCUCGGGCUCAAUGGAAGACUCGCCAACUAUGGUACAGAAGCAAUCCUGAAGACAAGCACACUAUCUACUAUAGGAAUCCCUGCGAAGUCACACAAAGCCUGCUAGGCAACCCUGCGUUCGCCAACGAAGCACCUUCUCGGAGAUCUGUGGCGACAUGGAUAUCAAUGGGGUUGGCUAUUGAGGAGGCUCAAAUUGCAUUGCUCAUCGAGGUCCGAAGAAUUGGAAGAAGAACUACGGAGACACAGAGAUUAGACAUUGCCUGGAAAUGUGAUCGUCUCCAAGGCCAGAUAGAUGGAUUUACUCAGUCUGCUCUCAUGCAUCUCGGAGAGGGAUUUGAUGCAGAUGAUGAUCCUGACAACUUGAACAUAGACAUUCUCGAUGAUCUCGAUGAUGACCCGGAAGAUUUCACCAGGACAUCUGAUGAUACAUGGACAAACUCCCCCCAGCUCACUGUCAUUCCAUUGCCAUCAAGCCUUGGGGUAGAUCGAUGCAGACGCUUUAUGGCAGAGGAUCUCAUUCCGCUGGUGAUGUCACUUUGUGAAGGGCAGGCAAAUGAUGCCCUUCACAACCUCCGAAUUCACUUGUGCAACAAGGCGAUCCUGUUCCGAACAACAGUUAGGCAAGCCAAAUCUCAAGCCCUAAAAACUCGAGCUUGGUCUCAGACCCAGAAGCAAAUGAUGAAACUUGAGCCUGGGCAAGACCAGCUUCAGAAAUACAAACCCCUGCUGCAUGAUCAGAAAAUCAGCACUGCCGUCGGAGAUCCAAAUGCCCGAGGUCAGCGAAACGAGUCCCUCACUUGGUUCUGGUCUGUCAAAGUAGAGUUGGGGGGUCCUGAUCAAUUGUGGAAUGAGGAAUUUUACCGAGUUCCUUGGCUUCGGGCAAAGGCACUACAGGACUGA